AAAGGACUUAAUUUUUGUUUGGAUGGAGCCUCAUUAAGGAAGGUGGAACAGGCUCCACCAAGAUGAAUUUGUUGGCCUGGUAGCAAGAAAAAGAAGAUGUUGAAGUGAAAUUCUUAAGAGUCAUAUGAUAUGAUUUAUUAUUCUGUUUCUAACACAGUUUGAUCAUGGUACCUUAGUAGCUGCAACCUUCUGCUUAAGAAGGAUGGGGUUCUCUCAUCCCUGGUCACCGAAGGUGAGUAGGUUCACACAACAAUAUUUCAAUUUGCAGAUCUUGUCUGCAGAACGAGCAUGGCAAUCUUUAUGGAGAAGAGAGAUCAGUGCUUCCAUGUUAUCCUAACAUGAAUGCUUACGCACAUGUCAGAAACAUUGGCUCCUGCCAAAUUAAUAUCUUGGACCCCAACAUGCCAUGACUAAACUUCGACCAUUGCUGAGAAGAAAAAUUAGAAUCUUGCGAGCCCAUUAACCAGAGCCCUAAUAGAUUGGUUCAAAUGAUGAACAAAAAACUCCAUUAACUUGAAAUCUCUAAUUUGAGUUCCACCAUUAACUUCUCAGAGAGAGAAUGUAUUUAUAUGUAAUUAACUUCAUUAGAGUUCUUCUAAGUUUUGGUUGUGACACGAUGCUGUGGAUACAUUGCAGGAGUAGCAAGCUAGCUCAAUUGUAAUUAGGAUUAAUGCUUAUGAGGUCUGGUCUCUACCUUCUAUUUUGUGUUUAAUAUAUCUUAUCAACUUUUUACUUUAUAUUUUCACAUUAAAUAAUAAGAAUCAUAGAAAUCUUACAUCUUAAGAAAACACGAAAACGACCAAACUCAUUUACACAUAUUUAUUUAUAAUACUUCAACUACUUGUCUUCUCUCAUUAGUGGACCGAGCAGCUCUUGUGUUUCAGAUUUUAUCUUCUUUAUAUCCAUAUGUAGUGUUUAGUUUUUUAUCUGGUCUCUGAUAUUAUUAUCGAAAAUAAGCAAUCAUGUCGAUCCUGGAUUCCUUCUUCGACAAAGGCUUUAAAGCUGCCAAAUGUAAAACCUUACUGAAGUUGACAAUACCCCGGAUAAAGUUGUUGAGGAACAGGAGAGAGAUUCAGAUAAAGCAAAUGCGCCGCGACAUUGCUAAGCUUCUUGAGACUGGUCAAGAAGCUACUUCUCGCAUUCGGGUGGAGAAUAUUAUAAGAGAGGAGAAUAUGAUGGCUGCUCAAGAGAUCAUUGAAUUGUUCUGUGAGCUUAUUACUGUGCGCCUUCCAAUUAUUGAAACACAAAGGGAAUGUCCUUUAGACUUGAAAGAAGCAAUAUCCAGUGUCUGUUUUGCUGCACCAAGAUGUGGAGAUCUACCCGAGCUGCUGCAGGUUCAAACCCUAUUUGCUUCCAAAUAUGGAAAGGAAUUUGCAGCUGCUGCAACAGAGCUUAGGCCAGCUUGUGGUGUUAAUCGCCAGUUAAUACAACUCCUUUCAGUUUGUGCGCCUUCACCUGAAGCAAAGCUGAAGCUUUUGAAGGAAAUUGCUGAAGAGCAUGCGUUAGACUGGGACCCAGCUGCAUCUGAAACCGAGCUUUUAAAAAAGAAUGAAGAUUUAUUGAAUGGUCCAACACAUAUCAGUGGUCCAACACAUAUCACUAUAUUGCCUCUUCCAAAAGAGAAGCAUGAUGAAGUACUUGUCGCUCCUGAUCUUGCCAAGCAUGAACAGUCUGAUUCUGAUACAGGCUUUGACCCAUUAGAUUUUUCUGAAGUUCCUGAGGUGUCGCUGCUGCCAAGUGCAAACUCUGCCUCGGCACCAGGGAUAGCACCACCUGCACAAGCUGCUCUACACCCUGACAUUGAUCAUGAAUCAUCAAAUCACUAUGUGACUAACAAAGAUCUAUCACAAGAACCUCAUAUUGUUGUACAUAAGGAUGUGAUUGAAGAAAAGUCAGCAGCUACCAGGGAUGAAAUUUCAAGCACCACGGCAAGUGCCAGGGAAGAAAAACAGUUUCUGUCAUCCAUAACUCCCCCUUCACUAUCCUCUCCAUCAUUUUCAUCGCCACCCUCUGCACUGACGACCAAAAGUGAGGUCAAUGUGGAUCUGCAGAAUGUUUCAGCUACUGUGGGGGGCACUGUGGAGACUGCUAAGCAUGCAACAAUACCAAGCACUUCACCACCCCAUGUAACGAGGACCGGAACCGAGGCUAAUGUGGAUCUUCAAGAUGUUUUAGCUGCAGCGCAUGCUGCUGCUGAGACUGCUGAACAUGCAGCAGCAGCAGCUCGCUCAGCAGCAACUCUUGCACAGGCAAGGAUUGGUGAGCUAACCAAGAAAAACAGUGAGAGGUUACAUGAGAGUGGCUAUGAUAACCCCUUUUUUGUGGAUACUCCUGAUCUAUCAGCUUCUGCUGAUAAGCCACCUUUUGUUCACCAACAAUCUUUUGGUGACGGGGAUAAUGUUCCAAGUUAUAAAGACUUACAUCGACUUCAUGAGGGCCACCAGGCAUCAGAGUUGUUGGAUAUUCCUUCCUUUGAGAAACUCGAAGUGGAUUAUGAUUCUCCUCGUAGUGAUCAUGUUGUUGAGCAAGGGUCUGUUAGUCACCAGCCACAGAGAUUGCCUUCAAUGGAUGAUGAGCCAUACUUCUCAUACCCAAAUUUGUUCACAUCACAGAACUCAAAUCUUGGAUCAAGUGCUCUAUCAGCUACAGAUCAUUCCAAUUCAAUCCAUGACCUUUGAUUUUUGGGUCCUGUGCAUUGGUUUGUGGAGAGUUGACUUAGUGCCGUGCAGUCAUCGAUGCAAUUUGGGGUGAGCCAUUUUCGUUGUUAUUUGUAGAGUACAAGGUUACUAGUUGUUACAUGUUCAAUGAGGCUUUAUCAUUAGGAAAUUUCAACUGCUUGUUGUAGUUGAGAGAAGCCAUCUCAGAUGAGUUUAUGUAUUUUGUGUUGAUCAAUUAUAGGAUUCAUGUAAAGAAACCUUAUUCUGUCGCAGGUAAUGAAGUUCAUCUUUCCUUGAAUUUUGACAUUCAAUUGUCCAGCCUUUGUAAUUUUGUUAAACAGAUUUAACAAAACCUUGUGCCUGUUUAUUUUUCCAUACGAGUUCAUUUUAUGAAUGUGAUGGAUAUUGAGCAACCGCUCAUGACAACAACAGGAUUUAGCUACGUUCAAACCAUAGUUGAUAAGCUAGUAACGCAAAAACUACAAGAUAUUUCAUCAAUCCAGUUCUUGGUUGUUAGUCCAACAACACAAGACAAUAAGAGGUUUUUCCUAGUAGAGGGAUUCAGGUCCGCAAGUUUUAUUCUCUAGUAACAAUCUCCAGGUCACAACCACUGUGACUUCUGCCUCUUCCUUGUUUCCAAGCACUUGAAGUCUUGAAUCCAUCCAUGUUCAUAGCCAUUGUUCGUUCUCUAUUGGUAGAGGCUGUAGGUUUUAAACUAGAGAUUCAACCUACAACCAGCUUUAAAAAGGGUUUGAAAAGUUUCCUCCAUGGAAAUGUUUUUCCAACUUGUCAUUUGAUACUGGCUUUGAUUCCCAAAGUAUCAAUCAAGUUUCUGCUUCGUUGAGUUUUGCGUAAAUAUGGUGCUAGAACAGUAUUGACUUAAAGAAGCUGUUCCAAGAAAGUGAUGACCUGUGUGGCGUUUAACUAACAAUCCCACAUCGAAGAAACACAAGAAGUCACAUGAGGCGUGUGGGUAUAAAUUAGAAGGCCUCAGCAACGUUAUACAUACUUACCUGGACGGGAUCAAUGGGUGAUCAUGAAGGCCCAUGGUCUAGGUCAGUGACCUCCAUUGCACUGAGGAGGGGUGCUGGUCUAAGGUCUCCCCAAGAGGGAGAGCCUACGUCAAAAUUUGUGGCAGAGGGGGCUGCGCGAGUCGCGGCCCCUAC